AUGGAUGGAGUGCAAGCGUAUACUGAUGAGUUCAUUGCCAUAUUAAAACAGGAUAUUAAAGAUGAGACAACUGGUAAACGAUUAUACAAAAUGUUAACCAUCAACCCUGGCGCAGUAGAGGCGAAUAUGCGUAAGAAGUUUAGGUAUCCGAACGACUUUGAUCUUUAUAAAGUGCCAAACAAAUUCAAACCGCUAAUAACGCUACAUAUCAAAGUCUUGGCUGCUGUUCACGACCAUAAAUCCUAUUUUGAAGCUUUUGACACAUUGAAUGAAAUAUGCUUGAGUUUGGUACGAGCUUGCGAGCAACAAGAUAAAUGGAUCAUGCCCGCUGUUAUAGGCAUGUACGAGGAGCUCCUCAUGGUGUACAAGGCAAAGAACAAGCGAGAUCCCGAAGAUUUGGAUUCGUUCAUUGUAGAUGACUUUGAUGACUUUGGUUCAAGCAAGAAGAAACUGGAUUUGGAAACUAUUAUUGAUACAUUACGUCGCGGCUUUAACGUUGUUUUUAAUGAUAAAAAUCCCGAUUUGAAUCAAAGCAAGAAAAACUAUAUCUAUUUCUUUUUGGCCAAUUUGAUGAAGUACUGCUUCAAAAUGGGCAAGUUGGAUUUCGCAAGGAGUAUUUCUAAAACCGUGGAAGGCAACAAACAGUAUAAACACCAGGUGGUGUCCAUGUCUCAUAAUAUCGCAACUAAAAAGAAUGCAAUAACAUACUUGUACUACCUUGCAAUAAUAGCUUUAGAUGAUGGUGAUUUUGUAUCGAGCGAAGCAAGAUUAAAUGAGGCCGUUACAUUAAUGCAUGAUUACAACAUCAACAAUAGACAUAGCAAACAAAUGCAACAAAUUCUACUUAUAUUGAUUCCAUUGAAAUUAUACCUACACGGUAAACUACCGAAUGAUCGUAUCAAGAUUUCCGGUUCUGGUUAUGGUAAGGGAAUACACAGAAAAGAUAGUGAUUGUAUAUGGACAAGAUUCCCGCUCUUAAAACACGUUUACAAGGAUAAUUUUUUCCAAGCAAUCAAGAAGGGGAAUUUUUCGAAAUUUGAUGAGUGUAUCAAUACGUUUCAGAUAAUGCUAUUAAAGAAUCACUUGUACGUUUUAAUGGAAUUAAUUAGACAAUUGGUGCAAUUGCAAUUGAUCCACAAAACUUGGGAAAUUUGUCAAGGAAUUGAAAGAAACCAUAUAAUUAGUCUAAGUGCUUUUCAAAUAAGCUUUGCAUUUUCAAAUUUUUACAAUGAAGAAUCUUACAAUAGAGGUUCAUUUAGAAUGGAUGCAUUUAUUGACAACAUCAGCAUUCUCGAAAUUGAAACCAUUAUCGCUAACUUGAUAAGUCAGGGUAAAAUCAAUGCAUAUAUCAGUAAUGGUCAAAAAUGUAUUGUUUUUUCAAAAACAAACCCAUUCCCCGGUAUUACUGAUAAAAGAGUUGCAAGCUAG